GAGCUCCGAGCUUCCCCAUGUCAAUUGCCAACCCACUUCAGCCGAUGCAGCCUUGCCAACAGCUGUGUUGAUUUAUUACAGACUCCAAGAUCCGCCAGCGGUCGACCGACUCGCCCGGAGAUGGCGAGUCCUAGCGGAAGUGGCAGCACAGCUGCUCCCGCGCCAUCCGCUUCCACCGGCCACGCCAUCAUUCCAGCUCCUAUCGCGACAAACGACCAGCACGUCUGCUUCAUCUGCCUACAAAACGAGGUCGACACGCCCAACGCGACAUGGGUGAAUCCAUGCCCGUGCAGCCUCGAGGCGCACGCAGAUUGCAUGUUGCGCUGGAUAGGCGAGAUGGAAGUAUCCGCCGGACGGGCGAAGAACGACCUCAAAUGCCCCGCCUGCAAGGCGCCGAUUGUCGUUGAGGAACCGUUUGACCCCUUUCUCGCCCUCCACGAUCGAUUGCUCCGCCGGUACAGUCGCGUGUCGCCAUACGUACUGUUGGUGCUGGGAUUUUCCGGUAGCAUCGUCGGCGCGGCAUGGUACGGUCACGGCGCGGCCUGUAUCUUUGCAGGACGUGAUGCUGUGUCGAGGUGGCUAAGGCCCCAGGCGCGCCAGCGCAUUUCGUCGUUCCUGUUGAAGGUGUACAUCCUUUCGACUAUUGGUCCAGGUCUAGUGGUUAUGCGGUGGCUCUCGGGGCGGGGCAGUACGCUAUUCUUGCCCUGCGCCGUUAUGUAUGGCGCAAGCUUAGUAGCGCAUGAUGAUCUUCCCACUUGGCCUCCUUCGCCGCAGUGGGCCUUCGCAAUGAUGCCAUAUGUGCAGCUGACCUACUCAUACGUCAUGUAUGAACUGUUCGGGCCGCUAGAAAGGCGUCUCAACCGUGCCCUCCGUGGCCAGCCGGCUACCGAAGACGAUGCGGCCCCCAGGGAGGAACAAGCACCGGCAAUCGCAGCGCCCGAGCCAGCUGAAGGAGCAGUAGCCGUCCGUGACGAGCCGGCAGCCGAAGGGGUUUGGGGAACGGUCGCUAACCUCGGCCGCACCGUGUUGGGAGUAUUAUUGGGCGCUGGGGGACCAGUUGGCGUGGAGGUGGAGAUUGUAGAGGAAGUUCACUUUGAAGAGGUCGGCGGCGAAGGCAACGAUCAGCCCGGCGAAGACGUCGGUCAGGCUCUGGAACAAGGCGUGGUCGAAGUUGAGGGUGAUGAGUUCCAUUUUCUGGCAGCCGAUGCCGCAGCGGAACCCGCGCAGGAGCAGGAGCAGGAGCAGGAGCAGGAACCGCAACAGCAACCGCAACAGCAACAACCGGCAGCAGCGGAACAACCAGCACCGCAACCUGUGCAGCAAAACCAACAGCCGCCCCCGAACGAGAACCAGCGCCGAAAUAAUAACAAUAACAACAACGGCGAUCUCUCGGGCCUCGCGCUCCUCAUAAACAGCAUCUCCACGUCCCUUCUCUUCCCAGUCAUCUCCUACGGCAUGGGCGAGCUGAUACGCGCGAUAGCACCCAAGGCCUGGGUUACGCGACCCUGGCGCAAGCCCCCAACAGGCCUACUGCAAGAGCGGUGGGGCCGCAGCCUGGUGGGUGGGUGCCUGUUUGUGGUGCUACGGGAUGUCAUUGGGUUGUACACCAAAUACAGGCGGGUGCAGGUCAAGGCAAGGAGGAGAAUCAAGAACGUCGAGAGGAAGACAGGGCGCGCGGUGGAAGGAAGUGCUGGCUGAACUCGAGGGGCCCGGGAGGCCAGAUGUGGGAGUCAGAAACAUGACAUAGGGGCAUGACAUUUGUAAUGCAUAGCGAUCCGGGAGUAUGAUACACAAUCAGCGAGCACUCCAGAUAAGCGGCGGCCAGGGUGGUAUGGAAACGAUGACUUAUGUCCACAAAGUUAACUGGCAUCGACGGAAUAACAAUCCUU